AUGCCUGUCGGGCCCCAUCCUCCUGCCUCACAACUUGUUGACGACAAUCAUCAAUACUCGUUCUACGAGACUUGUCCAGCGAGCCCGCCGGAGAGCUAUGUUCAAACACAGGCUUCGACAGAAAUUGUGUUCAGUCCUUGGUUGGAACUGCCAUCUACUAGCCCACUAUCGAGGACAUCCUCCCUGACGGGAUCCGAGUAUGUUCCAACACCACCAUCAUUCAUUGAGCGCCCGCCCAUACCCACUUUCCCCAUGAUGGAUCAUCAACUAGAAUCUUCAUCGGACUACUUGUUCAGGUAUACCAACUACCUCAGGGACCAGGAGCUUGCAUGGCGACAAUAUUUAUUAAGCGAUUCUGUUUCGCAGCCGCCUCCCCCAAGGACGCCUUUUCCUGCAUGGAAUCCGGCUAGCUACGAAAUUGCAUCCGUGCAUGCAAUGGAAUAUCACAAUCAGCCCUUUACGAACAAGAUGGUUCCCUCAUUUAUCCAAUCUACACCAGAGACACGCAAAGCCGGAUGUCGCAACCCAUGCUCCAUGCCUUCCUACACAGAGAGUGGUACGACUAGCAGCAUAUCGGACAGUGACGAUUCGGAGUCUGAAGACGACAAUUCAAUCUACAGCAAGCGUGAACGUUCCCGAUCAAACUCAGGAUCUAGUCGCGGAGCCUCCCAUAGAGUACCUGUUCUCAAGCUAGGCAAAUGGGACAUGUUGAGCGACCCUUUCAGUCGACCUCAACCACGCCACUAUGUUUGCGGACGAAUCGAAAACGAUGGGCCCAAUGAGCGUCAUUGUCGUAAAAGUUUCAUGAGACCGGAGCAUCUUCGCCGUCACAUAAAGACAGUACACGGCGAGGCCCGCGACUAUUUCUGCAAACUUCCACGGUGCCAUAGGGCCUUCUCGCGCGGCGACAAUCUCAGAGAACAUUACUGGACUCAUCUCGAGCGAGGAGGACGUGCUGGGAAGAACGAUAAGAUGAGUUUCGCGGAGCUGAAGGCUGUACUUGGACCAAAGGAGAAGAAAUUGUUGCGCAGGCUAAAGCACAGGCUCUCUGAUCACCAGGCGAAGCUUUCUGGUCACCAGCUCAAGAUACGCAGCAAGCUUUAA